GUCGAAUUAUAUACCAACUAAACGUCAUUUGCAGGAGGUGAUACUUUAUUAUUGUAAUAGUGGAGAAUCCGCCGAUGGUAUAAAAUCUUCGAGAAAGGUGAUUUCAACUUAGAAAAACUUAUUCCAACAAAACCAAAUAAAGAACGGGUAAUUGAAGAAUUAGUGCGUUUAAUACUGGAAAACCCGCGUAUGACUCAAGCAAUGAUGGCAGCAAAAGUAGGAGUGUGUGAAUGUACAGUUUUCAAAUACCUAAAAAGUGAGGAAUUUCAAAACAAAUUAAAAGAAAAAGAGCAGGAGCAAAGUUCUAUACCUCUUGAAAGAACUACUUCAAAAGCAUUAAAAAGAAAACUGACAGUUGAAAAAUUAGUGCGUUUAAGACUGGAAAACCCGCGUAUGACUCAAGCAAUGAUGGCAGCAAAAGUAGGAAUGUGUAAAGAUACAGUUUUCAGAUACCUAAAAAGUGAGGAAUUUCAAAACGAAUUAAAAGUACUACAGCAGGACCAAAGUUCUAUACCUCCUGAAAGAACUACUUUAAAAAGACAACAUAGAGAAUUGGAAGAUGAAAAAUUGGUGAGUUUGAGUCAAGAUGAGUUAGCAAAGCAAUUGGAAAUGAGCCUACCUACAACUUCAAAAGGCGUAAACACUCAGAGAAUACAAAACAAAUUAAAACAAAAAGGGCUGGAGCCAAGUACUAUACUUAAAAAAAGACGUAUUUCAAGAACACCAAGCACAGAGUCGGAAGAUGAAGAAUUAGAGCAUUUUAUAGAUGAAUUCCCGGGUGUAACUCCAGAAGAGUUAGCAAAAGUACAUGGCAUAAGCAUAUCUCAAGCUGAAAGGAUCAUAGACCCUUCGAAAAUAGAAAACGAAUAAAAUGAAAAAAAGCAUUUGACUGUACAGCGUAAAGGACUAUUUCUGUUUUGUACUAUGGGACAGGAUAAUAUCGACAAUACGUGAUAUUUACAAAAUCCGUUUUGAAAAUAUACGAACAAUCCAUAUUUAACGUAUAAUAAUGGGACUUCUUCUAGACGAACAAAUACCAUAUUGACUAAAGCACAGAAAUGUAGCUGUAACACUUACCGAAAUCUUAGACGAUGCAGUGUUUUCCUGCUGAUAACAGAAUUCGACUGCUCCUGAUGUUUCUUUGAGCGUCACAGGAUAAACUGGAUUGUAUAGCCCUGCACUCUUUUUACCUUUUUUGAUUAUUAUUUUUCGAGAUAUUUGGGUAACUGACGUUAGGGGAAAACUCAUAAGAUUAUUUGAUAUAUUUCUUUUAUGUGUGGAAUCAAGUGUUUUCCGUAUUUGACCUAUCUAAUGAACACAUUAAUCGUCUCCGUAUCGUUAAAGUAUCAUUGAAGAAGAUUUACCUACUGUAGAAAUAUUUUUACGUCAACUAAUAUUAAAAUAAUUCCUUGAUACUUUACAGGGUUUCUGAAAAUGUCUCUGCAAAUUUAAAUGUACCUCAAAUAAAGAUUCUUAUCUUAUAA